AUGUCACCAUAUCAUCAUCACCACCACAACUACACAACUGCUAUCGCCGUCGGCGUCUCUCUAGGCGGUGCCUUCUUUCUUGCAUUCCUCGCCCUUGGUCUUUUCUGCUUGGCUAAAAAGAAGAAGAAACCAGUAACAAUUCCAGUAGCAGCAGCCGCAGCCGCUUGUGUUGAGGAACACGAACACAUCCAGGAGACGAUUACGACAAACCCGUGUGGAGAACAAACUGUGACUGUCACAAUAGACGACGACGUUCAAGUUCAUGAAAUUGCGAGUGCAAGUACACUUGCUCCUCCUUGUGAACCAGGAGAAACUGGGCCUUCCACUCAUUCUCAAGGCCAUCAACACAAGUUACACAGCACUUGA